GUUAAGAGACCUCCUUAUCGGACCCUUAACCGUGACGCGUGACCCGCUGUGCCGAGCUCGCGGGUCAAAGGGCAUCGACCUCGAAUGCUUUCACAAAACUAAUCAUUCCUCCGGCUCAUUCUAUAUUCUAUAUUCUACAUGAAACCCGCCGACCUCUGAAGAAUAGCACCACAUAUCAGUGCAUCUUGCGGACUGCAGAUCCGAACGAGCCAAGAUGGGGAUCACCUUCUCACUAGCGUUCUCCGACACCUCGCUCGUCCUCCUGACCACCAUCAUUGUCAUCUCGCUAUAUACGAAAUACUUUUCGGGAUAUACGCCCUUGGUUCACCCCUUGCUCUUACAGAAGCAGAGCGAUGUCAGUCAGACCAGGAAGGAAGGAGAGAGCGCUGUCUAUCGAAACUGGGCGACGGGACAUGGGACGCCUUUAUCGACGAGCCCUUCUGGAAGUGUCAAGAUCGUAGCGGAUAUCUUGAAGUCAAAUGCAGCUCCUAAUAUCUUGCGGUUCGGAAAGAGGGUUACCAACGCCGACUUGCUCGAACAAGCCAACGAUAUGCUAUACAACCUCUCUCUACUUGCACCUCACCUAGUCUCACCUCCCACCGCCACACCGUCAACUUCUACCUCGGCCGCACCUACCUACAUCCUCUCUCUCCUUCCGCCCUCCCUACCCCUUCUCCAACUCCACCUAGCUCGAUCUCUAACCACCCGGCUGAGGUUGAUUACACUCAGUGUGCCUUUCUUCCUCGUCUCUGCGCUCGAGAGCGAGGAUCAUCCCAAGCCAAAGGUGAUCUUUACCGGGGAAGAAUACGUUGCUGGAGUCCUGGAACAAUUGGUCGAGAAGGACGACCUCAGCAAUGACAACUACGAUAACGCCGAGUGUCGAGCGUUGGUCGUGGUCGUACCCAAUGCGGGGGAAGAUCGUAGGGAAAACUCAGAUCUCGUGAAGAGAGCUGCCAAGAUGGGCGUCAAGGUGGUCAAUUUCGAGCAACUGCAGAGAGGAUGUUUCAAGCCGGAUGUAUGGGAACGGCCUGCUCCGAACGAGGUACAUUCUCUGGCUUAUCUGCCUAGGGGGAGGGACAAUUCGAACCCCCAUUUGGUCGAGAUUACGAAUCAGAACCUGACAGCAGGAAUAUCAGCCUGUCUAUCCGCCUUCCCCGCUUCCCUUCGACCUUCGCCUGGGUUGGGGGAUGUAAUUCAGAGCAGCGUGGACUUGAACGAACCGUUUGGGCUGAGCCUGGGGUUGGCCGCUUUACUUUCUGGUUCUGGAUUUGAGUACGAAGCGAAUGAGAUGGGACGGGAUUCCGGGUCGAGGGAAGGUCGACUCCCUGCUACGAUCACCUUUACUCAAAGAAAACACCUCGCACAAGAACUGACUCAUCUCCAAAAGACCGCCUCGUCUAGCUUCCUCUAUCCUCUUGCUCAUCGACAAAGGCUGGCCGCGCUCGACGAGGGGUACGUGAGCAAGGCUGGGUGGAUGGAGAAGCUCGUCUGGGCUCCGGCAAGGGCAAAGCGAUCGCUGGACAAGCUCAGGGCGAUCGUCGUCGUAGGUGACACCCCUGAUCCUGAAUUGACGCUCCAGGCGCACACCCUGCUCUCUAUGCCUUUCACCCGCAUGUAUAUCACGCCUCUUUCCGCCGGACCGGUCUUGGUUUCCAACUUCAAUGACCUGCAGAGUGAAGGCAUCGAUGGAGAGAUGCAUUCGGGCGCUCCGGCUAGUAAUGUCGAGGUCAUGCUCAGGGGUGCGGAGGUGGAGAGGGUUGAGACUGGGGGCGAUCCUACGGGCCAGAUGUGCGCAAGAGGCCCGGCCGUGCUCAAGGAUCUCAACCUCGAAAUCGGAGACGACAGGUGGACGCCGGUAGCCAAACAGGCUACGGCGUGGACGAAUGGGGCCUUUGUAGUCUCUUAAGGCUCAGACUUGUCGACAUUAGAUGCUUUCUGCGCCUUUGUAACGUAUAGAUGUAGCCCACGAUACCACGGCGCCUGCCUUAAGAUCUUGUAACUCGCUUUCUCACGCGCACACACGCGAUCGCUUUCAACCUUUGGCUUCGUUCGAAGUUCAAGGUUUCGAGAUUUCGGGCAGAGCGAAAUAUAUCGAGAGGAACAGGCAGG